UCAGGUAUAUAUACAAGGCUUUACUGUACGAAUUAGUAUUGCUUCAGCUUUUGUAGGAGCAAACUGUGUUCUAUAUUGGCCUCUUUUUGAAUAAAUGUAUUGCUGAGCUAUUCUCGAUACAUUCUGUAAAGAAAGAAUACAACUUUUUAUAUUCUUACAAUUAGAAUAUACAAAGAAGAGCAGGAUGAAGGCUUUCAUGCUUGCUACGUGUUUGCUAAUCAUGGUCGUUUAUGCAGCUGAUGCUCAAGUAAGUACAAUUGCUUCUGCCUUACCAACUUGUUUAUCAUCAUUGCAACCAUGUGUUGGACUUAACCUAAACAAUGUCUUAGCAUGUCCUAAAAUUUGGAAUUGUUUAUUUGAAGCGACAAACGUAAAGGAUGCAAAUAGUGAACUGACGGAACAAGGUUUCAGUCAAUUUUGUAGCAUUCUAACCACCGAAACUGAAACUAAUGAGGAGAAAUGCAAUACUUUAGGCAAUAUGUGCUUUGGAUCCAACGAACAAAAUCCAACGGAAUGUUUAAUAGGACAAGGUCUACCAAACUAUAUACUUACUGCACCAAACCUUACAAAUCUAGAAAACAUUGCAGAAUUAUUAGAACAGCUGACUGCGAAUGGUCUUAUCCCAAAUGAUUUUAUCUCAAAUCUAUCCCUGGGUGGUAUUGUCCCAACUGGUAUUGUCUCAAAUCUACCCCUGGGUGAUAUUGUCCCAACUGGUAUUGCCUAAAAUCUACCCGUGGGUAGAUAAAUAAUAUAGAAGGAAACGCAUAAAGAUUCGUCGAAAGCAUCAAUGCAGUUGACAAUUGUUAUUUUGUGUCAAUUUAAAAGGUGAAAUAAUUUGAUUUUUGUUAUAGUUCUAUAUUAUGUUUAUAAUUAGCACUUAAAACUAAUAUGUUACACUAAUAAUAAAAUAUAGUGCACAACGGUAUCUACUUUUUA